AUGGCCUGGGAGGCCGCAUACCUGCUCUCUGCAAUCCUGCUUCUGCUCCUGGCCUCAGGCUCCUGGGCACAGGACCCAGAGGUACUUCGAACACUGGAAGGCCAGACUGUUUCUGUGAAAUGCUCUUAUAAUCCUAGCUACAGCUUACACCAGAAGAUCUGGUGUAAGCAAAUGUCAGAAGACACUUGUCAACCCUUAGUGCCGAGUGUCAGCACAGGUGCCGAGAAGCUAAGAUUCUCCAUCCAGCACUCUUAUUGGUUCAACUUCUUCACUGUCAUCAUGACUGAGCUCAAGAUGAGCGACUCAGGCAUCUAUCACUGUGGGAUCGCUGGAAAUAGCAGAGAGGUCACUAUUCUCAGAAGUAUCCAUCUGGUGGUGUCAAAAGCUUCAACCCCACACACAACCACCCGGAUGACAACAGCCCUGGCCUCUACCCACAGCCCUGUCACUGGCAGGUACUACAGGCUCCCUGAUACCUGGAUGUGGAAGGUCAUCGUUGCUGGGGUGGUUGUGGCUAUUCUGUUAUUGCUUGGACUCGCCAUCCUUGUGGUCUUCUACCUGAGGAACGCUCGAGGAAAAGCCCAGAAUGUUGAGAACAAAUGUCACCCCAUCUAUGAAGACUUUUCAGAACAGAGGGAGGAGACCACUAGCUUCAAUCAGCAGGUCCCCUCCAGUGAGGACACUGGGACCGUAUGCUAUGCCUCUCUCAUCCACCUAAACCACGUGAGCCCUCAGGACUCCAUCUACAGCAACACCCAGCCUUACCAGAAGCCGUCUCCUGACCCGCUUCUAUCUGUGGAAUAUGCCAGCAUCUCUAGAAACAGACUGAGGUCUUCCAACUCAGAUGCCCAAGAGGCAGAGACCAGGGACUGA